CGCUCUCUCAGUAUCUGUCUCCUCCUCUCAGCACAUCAGCAGCAGUUUGUGUUGCGCAGCAUCAUCCUACGGACCUGCACAGCUUCCUCUCUGUAAAAGCCCGACUUCUCCCCAGCAUUAAACUAAAAUUAAAUAAAUCUAACAACCCAAAAGGCGCCGCUAAUCUUCAGCUCGACAGAAGAGCAUUUCUUGCUGUUUCCCGUACUCGCAGGUGUUUUCUUUCUUUUUUCUUUUGGACCACUCCAGACACCAGACCGGACUCCACACUCGUUGACUCCACACUCUCGCAAGGAAAAAUGGGGAAACAGAACAGCAAGCUGACCCCUGAAGUGAUGGAGGAUCUGGUGAAGAACACGGAGUUUAACGAGCACGAGCUGAAGCAGUGGUACAAGGGAUUCCUGAAGGACUGUCCCAGCGGCCGGCUCAACCUGGAGGAGUUCCAGCAGCUCUACGUCAAGUUCUUCCCUUAUGGCGAUGCGUCCAAGUUUGCCCAGCAUGCCUUCAGGACCUUCGACAAGAAUGGCGAUGGCACAAUCGACUUCAGAGAGUUCAUCUGCGCGCUGUCCAUCACAUCACGGGGCAGUUUCGAGCAGAAGCUUAACUGGGCUUUCAACAUGUACGACCUGGAUGGAGACGGCAAAAUCACACGGGUGGAGAUGCUGGAGAUCAUCGAGGCCAUCUACAAGAUGGUGGGCACGGUGAUCAUGAUGAAGAUGAACGAGGACGGCCUGACGCCCGAGCAGAGGGUGGACAAGAUCUUCUCCAAGAUGGAUAAGAACAACGACGAUCAGAUCUCGCUGGAGGAGUUCAAAGAGGCGGCCAAGAGCGACCCGUCCAUCGUAUUACUGCUGCAGUGUGACCUCCAGAAAUAGGCCGGAGGGCGAGCGGAGCGCUCCACCAGCCGCCACGGACUGCACAGAAAGAAUUUCAUGUUCCAUUCAGUUUGCAGCUAUUUCCACUGAAAAAAAAUCUCUAUAUAUGCUUGGACUACCUUUCAAUGGAUCUGCUUCUUGUGUUUGAAACACUCGUGUGCAUGAGAAUGUUAUUUGCUAUAAAAGAUCUACACACAACAUACAACUAGUGUGCAGGUGCCAACGGUACGGGUGCGCACUCACAGUACAAACACACACACACACACACAACUCUCACUACAUAUAAACACCUCGCACAAUUAAUAUAUAUAUAUAUAUAUACAUAGAUCUAUAAAUAUGAAUAUAUAUUUAAAUUAUUUAAAGAUCAACUGCCAAAAUGUGAAGUGUGCAAAGUAUUUUCCAUACAGGUUCAUUCUACUGGAGCUUGCGCAUCAGUGAUGUGCUACGUUGAAUUUGCCGCUACUCUAUUUAUUGUUCCGAGUUUACUGGCGCUAGCUGUGUGUGUUUCAUUAUACCGAGUAACGUCAACCGAACCAAAUUCCUAUGAUAAUGUAUCUGCCUCCAAUACGACACUCUAUCCAUCGUCUCAAGUACCAAUAGCUCUAGAAGAGAUGGAUUUUAUCCAACUUUUCCUUCCGAAAACAUGCUCGUGCUGUCGGUAAAUACUGUAAAUGUAGUUAAUUUGCAUGCCUUUAGGUUCUGCCUUAAAAAAAAAAGCUCCUCAUUUUGCAUCCUAUGAUCGAAGACAGGAAGCCUUAUCGGAGCAGCGCAAUGACACUUUGGUCGUGGGAGAACCAGGAGAGACGAUUUUUACUGGCUAGGGAGGAAAAAGUUGACCGCAGUCAGUCGGUCGUAUGGGAUGUAGGUUUUUUGUGAUUUGUCGAGACGUUUUCUUUUGACUGCUUUAACUGUGGGAGCAUGUUUCCUUGUAGAUUAGGUGUGGUAUAUGUUGCUAAGAACUAAACCCCUGCUCCACGCGCACUGAAACACAAUCCAGUCAUCAUACGAAUUAACAGAUGUUGAACAUGGAGGAUUUUUGAAAUGAAGUGGAAGCACUGGAGCUAAAACACUUCAGCUGGAGUUAGAUUGUUCUACGUUACCAUCGCAUCCACUUCUUUCGAGUUCGCCCACGGGUUGCAUAUCAUCACAAUGGAUUCAGAGGAGUUUUUUUUCUUGUUUGUUUGUUAGGCUGUUGGAGUGUCUUGUUUGUCUUUUUCAGUGGAAGUAAAUGAGUGCUAAAGCAGCAAAAGGAGCAGUGAAUGGCGUUUCAUUACUACCAGAGGACGGCCCUUUCCGUAAAGCCAUGUGUUUAGUAGAUCGGACGAUUUUUGCCCCCCUCCUCAACCCCUCAAAGUCUUUCUCUCUAACCAGUCAGUCAGACUUUUUGUACUUUUUUACUCCUUUUCUCUCACAAAUUGUACACGUACUGAUGCAUACCAAGUGUAGAGAAGUUCAGUGAAGCGCAGUGCCCCGCCCAAGAAUGCUUUGGAAAUCACCCGUUUGCCCUGCCCUGACAUUUUCCAGCCUGCGUAAAAUUACCGGUAUUUUACGAGCUAGCGGAGGAUAGAGGAGACGUGACGUGUCAUAAUAUACACAGUACUGCAAUAAAGAUAUAUCAUAGCAGUCCAUCGUCAUCUUACAACAGUGUGACUUGUCCCCCUGUCGAGUUUCUAAUCUGAACUUCUUUACAUGAACAUCUUUGGCCAGAUAAUGUUUCUAAUUACAACUCUGUUAUUAUUCUUACUGCUAUCAAGAUACCAAAUGUAAGCAAUGGCAACCGUGUACGAGGAUUCUUUUGUAGCAUGUAUUGUGUCCCUGACGACAUGGCUGCACUACUCCCUGUGUUGUGGUUUAAUCUAAUAAAAGGAAUUCAAUGGGC